GAGUUUGGGGUAAAAGUCGCGAAAAACAUUGCGGGCAGUUUCUGGAGAACUUUUGAAGCAUUUAACAACGAAGUUAAUUUAGUAUUCGUAGCGAUUGUGUCUGUGAACAUUAUAUAUAUUGAAUGUUUGAAACUUCUAAAACAUUACAUUGAAAGUUUUAGGAGCGCAUUUGUUUAAUGAAGUGUUGUUUGCUUCAAUUAUAAGUGUUGUGAUUUUUGUUCUUCAUAGAGUGGAGUUUUACAAAGUUCAUUCACCUUUAGUAAGCCAAAUUUGUUUCUCGGAACUUUUUUUUUCACUGAAAAAGUUCUUGAAGAAUGUAAGGAUUGAAACUAUAUCGAUUUAUUUCAAAAUUAAAUACGUUUGUAUCACGAUUUUGGAUUUGUACAAAAUUAUCUACCCCAAUAUUUACAGUUUCACACAAACACAUAACCUCAAACUCGAAACAAGAAAUGAAUUGAUCGUCCUACAGCGGAACAAAUCCAAAGCUUAUUUAACUCGGAAAAAUGAUGGAAGUGGACCAACCGAUUACGGAGAACGGAUUGUCAAAGAUGAGUCCAACUAAUGUAGUAGAAACGGCGGAUGAUUCGGAAAUCGGAAGUACCGAAUCCGUCCAGCAGAAUGGAAAAUCUCACAAAAAUGGUUUGGAUGUGGCCACCAGUGCUGCCUCGGCGGGGUUAGCAGAUGAUGAUAGUAAUGAAGCCAAAGGUUUAGAGGAUGAAGACACAAUGGAACGACUGAUGUAUACCGAGCUUGAUGAUUGCGAAGAGGAAGUGCAACUUGAUAAGCCCGCCGAUGAGCUGGUGCAGAAUCUUUCCGACACCUUGAUCGAGGACAUCAUCCAGCUGAAUAAAGACUCGAAACGUGCCGAAUCGGACACAGAAGCAGAUCCAGAUCGGUUAGAACAGAAUGAAGAAAGCUCCGACAUUCCUCCGUCCUCCUCGGGUCAAUCCUCGAACCAAACCGCGGCUCAAGAAGCUGAUGGAGAGGACACUAAUGGCCCGGUGAGCGCAAUGGAAGACGAGUCGUCGAUUGGAGUGGAGGAAGAUUUCACCUGCGAAAUCAAAGGCGUCGCCGAUAUAGACGAGGAAAGCGAAAGUAUUCUUCUGCAGGAGGAGGACAAUCACGACUUAGUGGACGAUUUGGACGUGGAUGAAAAUCUACUGCUUGAUGAGGACAUAGAGAUGGAGGAGGGUGGAUCAACGCAGGGAUCAGCUAUUCAAAUUGACGACAGUGUUGCAGUGUGCGAAAUUGCCGAAGGUUCCACGGUUGAAGUCACCGACGGAAGCGUAACGAUAGAUGAAAGCGGACUGAGCAUAUUGAACACUGCUGCCGUCGACAUUGGGGACAUGACGGUUGAUGAUUCAGUUGAGGUGAACGCUGAGCUUAAGUCAGCCAUCCUAGUCAGCUCAGAUGUGGAUUUGGCUGCUGUGGAAGAGUCUGUUGAACUAUCCACGGAAACCACUGAAGUUAAUGAUGGGGAAAUCAUGGCUCCACCUCCCCUCAAUCUUCUGGAUGACCUUGAUCCGCCUUCGCCCGAUAUCAGCGAUUUGAUAAAGUUCCCUGACGUUUCGGAGAAAGCAGCAACUAGCGAGAAAACGGAAGAGAAGGAGGUGAUUCCGGAAGUAUCCGAUUUAAUCAAAUUCCCGGAUGAUAGCUGCGCCGACAGUCAGCAGCCAGCGAGGUCUCCAACGCCUGAAUUGUCCGACUUGAUCAAGUUCGACAGUGUCACUUCUACUGCCGAGGAGAAACCGAAGGAAGCGGACGAAACGAUUCAAUCUACUUCCGAGGAAACAUUGGUUGAAGAAGCAACGAUGGAGACUUCCGAACGAGUGGAGGUAAAAAUUCCUGAAAUCUCUGAAGUUGCAAAAAAUGAAAGCAAAAUUCACGCACAGAAGGAGGAAGGAAGCAGCGAGGAGAAGGAACAGCAAUCAGUUACCUUAGAAAAAGAGGUCGAGGAAGGUUCGGAUAAGUCCAGUAAACAAUCGCCAGAAGAUAUGCCAGCCCCUCCGCAAAUUGAGGAAACAGAAGAAAAACCAACAGAUGAAGAGAAGAGCGAAUGUAAAGAAGUAGAAAAAACGGUUGCUUCGGAGAAAGCGGAAGAUGGUGAUAAGAAAGAAGAAAAUGAGGAUAACGCGGACUCAGACGACGACGAAGCCCAAGAAAAGAAAGAUGUUUGUCCUCAAGCUUUGCAGGCUGCCGAUGAAGAGGACCUGUUGGAAAUGAUGGAAGAACCGGAGCGGAUGGAUGCAGACGAUGAGCAACCGGAGGAUGAUCUGGAUGAUAACAGCAGUGAAUCGGGUAGUACUAAGCAAAACGAGGAAGGCGAGGAAGAUGAUGAUUUCGAGGGAUCGGACUACAUGGGAGCGGAUGAGGAUGAAAGCAGCCGAAAUGUGGAUGAUCAGGAAGAGGCGACCGGUGAGGACAUUCAGGUUGAAGAGCAGGAAUGUGACGAAGGGGAACCACCGAAGAAGCGUAAAUGCUCGGUUGAUGUGCGGGAUGUCCAAGAAGAACCGGAUGUGGAUGCUGAGAAGAAGAAAGAUGAAGAUAUAGCAGAGAAAAAGGAUGAAAAGUCAGUCGAGGAAACCGCCGAAAAGACAGCUGAGGAAAAAGUAGAAAAAGCAGACGAGGGUGAGUCACCCAAACUGGCAGAAAUUGAAGCGAAAAAAUCGGAAGGUGAAGACAAAGUUGAAAACGAGGCAGAAGUAUCAACUGAACCGGCGGAAAAGAAAUCCGUAGAUGAAGUCUCAUCGCAGCUCGAAACAACUGAAAAGGAAGAUAGCAAAGCAAAAAGUGAGGAUUCAAAGCUGGAAGAUGUGGUUCAAUCGGAAAAGGAGGAUGAGAAAAUGGAUAUUUCUAAAGAAGACUCGCUUGUGGUGGAAAAAAGUACAGAUGAUGUGAUUGCAAAGGUUGAUGAAUCUAGUGAAACCGAAAAGAAGCUGGACACUGAAAACAAGGAAGAGAAACAAGAAGAAGUGAAGAUUGACGAAAAGUCUGAGGCGGUUCCAGAAGAAAAAGGUGCCAAAAAAGAUGAAGAAGUGUCGAAGAAAGAAGAGCUGAAAGAAGUAGCUGCAUCAGAGUCAAAGGAGGUUGUUAAAGAAGUGGAAAAGCUGGAGGAUAAGGAUCAAAAGCCGGCAGAAAAAACGAAUGACGAAGUGCUGGUAAUUGAUGACGAUGACGAUGAGGUGGCCGUACCCAAAAAGGAGGACAAUGCGGAGAAGAAAGCGGAAAAAAGACCAUGCCCGGAAGAUGAUACCGAGGAGAAGAACAACUCGGAAACUGUCAAGAAAAUAAGAUUGUCAGUCGAUGAGAAGGAAAAGAAAGAAGAUGAUAAGCCUGAGGAACAAAAAGAGGAGCCGAAAGCCGAAGUGGUGGAAAUUGCCAAGAAGGAAGAGAAGAAAUCUGCUUUAGAUUUAAUUGAACCUAUUAAGGUUACUUUGGAACCUGAGCCAGUGGCACCAAAAGAGAAAAAGACCAUUCGGUUGGAGUUCCUGGAAAAGUUUAAGAAACCUUUGGAAAAAAUGAAUCGCUCUAAUUUGGAAGAUUUCGUGCUGCAGAAAAUUGUCGAAGGAAUUGCGUUCAAAUCAGCAAUAGCUGAGAUGAGGACUCAGUUGGACGCUCAGGACACGCUUCUCCAAGGCUAUCGCCAGAAGGUGCACGAUUUAAACAAACAGUUCCGAGAUCUGGAAAUGGUUCACGAACGUGUGGUUAAAGAUUUGGAGAAGAAGAAUCAGCAUUUCAUAACUCCGGUGAAAAUUACUCGCGCUGUGGGGCUUCAGGUUUCGCAACCACGAUUUGUGGCGGGAAGUCGUCCUUCAGUCGGUAGUGCACCCUCUGUCGCGAAUAGUCCAAAGAACACAGUGAAUCGAUCUCCGGUUGCAACCCCACCUGGAGGUUCCCCCAACAAGAAUGCUCCCCAGAAUAAUGUGCAAAUCAGGCGACCGCGUAUAAACUCAGUUCCCUCAACAGCUGCAACUCAGAAAUCACCAGCUCAACAAUCAGUCGUCGCCCGGCCAGGUGCUCCGACCAUCCUCAACAAAUCACUUUCAUCACCGCAAAACUCUCUGCUCAACAAACCAGCUACUCUGCAAAGUCAAGUGACCCCAAUUACCAACACACAGCAAUCACAAAUGCAGGCAACAUUAACUACCGCUCAAACUCCUGCAAAUCCUGGAGUCACUACGCCUAUGUCGAGGAAAAAGCCACUACAGAAAUUCACACCCAUGCGACCACCGCUGUCCAUCACUCAACAGGUACAGCAACAGCAGCAAACCCGACAAAUGCAGGAACAAUUGAUGCGCCAGCAGAUUCAGGAAGUUCAAACCAGCAACACCGGGGGACAGAGUCCUUUGGCGCAGUCACCGCAAGGAUCGCCAUUAACUCGAACUCCCGAACCCGCAUCGUCGCCUUCCGGAACACCUGUCAGUCGUCCACAGAUGGUGAUGAAAAAAGUUAUCACUCCUCAAGCGAAACCUACCCCUACUGGCAUGCAGGCUAUAAAUCGGCCAACCCCUUCGAUGGUACAAUCCAAUCCCACUAGCAAUGUAAGGACCGCCCCGGCGCCAUCACCCGCUACCGUAGACAAUUCUCUGAUAGAUCUCACCGACGAAGACGAUGUGCCAAAGCCGGCAGCUGCCGUGGCCCCUGCGCCCGCAGUGGUUCCCAAACCGCCCAUCACGAUCCUGAAUGGUCAGCAACAGCAACAACACCAUCAGUAUGGCCAACGGCAACCGGGUAUGCCACCCCUGGUUGUCAUCAACCAGCAACGAAUGAUGACGAGGCCAACGUUGCAGCAGCGUCCCGCUGGCAUGGUUAAUGGAGCCCCGCCACGACCAGUACUGAUGCAGCGACCGGCCACCAAUGGAUACCCGCGGCAGACGACCUACCGGGCGCGAAUGAUAAACGGGCAAAUCGGAGCCCCUCGAGGCAUGAUUGUCCGCGCGCCUAUCCGGCAGCCAGCUGCCGUUACCUACACUCAUCCUGCCCCACUGCCGCAACCAGGCACGCAACUGUUGAACCCCUCCUGGAAGCAAACCCCACCACGACCUUCCAUCCGAAUAAACAACAUCGAAACAGGUAUCGUGAUUUCCUGGACCAUGGACGACCUGUCGGACGCCCAUGCGACUAUUGUAAGCUACCAGAUCUACGCAUACCAGGAGACAAACGCUCCACCUUCGAUGGACAUGUGGAGGCACGUGGGCGAUGUCAAGGCCAUGCUCCUGCCAAUGGCGGUAACGUUAACCCAGUUCCAGGAAGGUCAGCGGUAUCACUUUGCUGUGAGGGCCGUUGACGAGCACCAGCGGGUUGGACAAUUCAGUCCACCACGAACCUGGAACGAGUCCACGCCGGCUAAAGCUUAAGCUACUUACUGUCUCUACAAAGCACAAGUUUCCCUUUUAGUUAAAACAUAGUGAUAGUUUUAAAAUAUUUAAACAAAAUUUUAGAGAGAUAAGAAACAAAAACAAAUUCGUUUAGUUGUAAUAGAAACAUAAACUAGGCAACUGUUUUUCAAUCUCGAUGUAGAUUUUAUUCCCACGAAACACGAGAAUCGGAAAUAAUGAAACAAAUUAAAACAAUUUAAUACUAAUCAAUAA